AUGCCAAUCGGCAACGUAAGUAAGGAGUCGGGGCCCAAACGGGAGACCUUUAGGCCACCCUGGGUCAAGGAAAAGGAUUCUCAGGCCCCUCCAUCAUGGACGCAGAGGAAAUUGAAACCAGUAGAAAGCACACCGCCUUUAGCCAGUCAGGAAGAGUUUGUUAUUAAGCCAAUUAAACCUCUUUUGAAGAAACAAGCUACAGUUAGAGAAGCCACCAACGGUGCAUCUCCAGAAGAACGCCCAGUAGAGGAAAAACUUGUAAAACCUUCAACAGCUAAACUAGCUGAUAAAGCUUCUAGGCAAUCAGAUGACAAACCUAGGUUUACAAAAUCUACUAUAAAGACAAUUGAUAAAAAACCAACAGAAGAAAAACCUUUAAACAAAGUUACAACCAAAAGUAAUAUCACAGAUAAAACUAAACUUGACGAUAAGAAGACAACAGACGAAAAAAAUAUUACUUCUAAAACAUCACAAAAAUCAAGUGCCACAGAUAAAAGUAAAAGUGAGGAAAAAACAAAGGCUCCAGAACGGCCAAUUUUAAAGAGUGUUAAAACGAUAGACGAUAAGCCAAAAGAAAAAUCUGUUAGUAUAAUUGAUCGCAAAUAUGUUGAUAAAAAUGAUAAACCAAAAAUAACUCCGGCGAAUGACGUAACUGUAAACGGUAAAGGAAUACCGAAUACUCUAAUUAAAGAAAACAAACUUGAAAAAAGUACCGAAAACAAGAAAGAAGACAAAACUAGUAUGGCAACAAAACCACCAACGCCGUUAGAGAAAAAUCCUUCAAAGCUGCCUCCACGCAAACCUUUACAAAAAGCGCCCUCCAAAGAUGACGUAAUGCUCAAGAAAUGGAGAGAUCCACUUCAUGAACGAGUCAAGGAGAAUAUUGACAAAACAUUAGCAAAUGACAUUCCGAAGGGACACACUCUCACUAAAAAUGAGAGUUUACGAAGUUUACUAAAACCUACACCACCACCGCCACCGCCACCGGCGCCACCAAAGUUACCACCGCCACCUGAGUUCAAAAAGCCUAAGCUUGAUUCUGAAAAACUGAAGAAAAUUGAACAGUUGCGGAGCAGACCGAGAAGACGGCCCGACUGGAGUGACAUGAUGAAGGAAGUGGAAGAAGGAAGGAAGUUGAAACAUGUUGUCUGUAAUGACAGGUCCAGUCCCAUUAUAACGACAUCGGUUGUUGUGAAAAACAAAGGGCAGUUUAUAUUCGAAUCUGAGAAACCGAAUUCACAUAAUGAGUUGCUCAAAGAAAUCUCAAAAGGAGUUAGGUUAAAGAAAGUGAAAUGUAACGAUAGGAGUAAACCAAUUUUAGAAGGGUUACGGAAAUUCAGAAGACAAAUGACGAUAGAAGAACAAGUGCAAAAAUCGAUGUCACAGGCUAAUUUAGCAGCGAGUCCAUCGGGAGUAGCACUGGCAGAGGUUCCUGCUGCAGAAGAAGAAGAAAUAGAUGAAAUGGAUGACAUUGAUAAAGUAAGAGACGAUCUUCAAUCAACGAAACAACUUUUAGCCAUAGAAUUGAGGAAUAAGGAGGUACAAGAAAGAGAAAACAGGCGUCUGUUAACCAGAAUACAAAAUCUAGAAGCUGAACUAGCUAGAGAGAGAGCAUUUAUUAAACAAGAACAACACAAAACUGUUAUCUCAGUGACAGAUGCUUAUGAUGAGCGGUUAGUAAACAGUUUGAAAAUGGAAGUGGACAAAGCCAAAGAAACAGCUGAUAGUCUUCAAAAACAGUAUUUACAAGCGGCUGAAGAUCGAGAUGACGCUCUAACUGAAUUAGAAGAUGUUAAACGAAAAAAUAUGGAAUUGGAAAAGAAAUUAGAACAAGCGUUAUCUCAACAGUUUGAGGAACUUUUAAAGUUGGGACAAUGUCUUACCCCUGAACAAAAAAGCUGGUUAGAAUUUUUCAAAAAAUGCAAAGAUUUGAAUAUAAGUGUAACAUCGCCAGAAGCUGAAGAGAUCCGAAAAAACACAAUUGACGCUUAUAAUAAUGCUUUUACUAACAAUAACAAACAUGAUGAGGGAGUAGUGCCCACGAAUGUUGGGUCGAGACGAUCAAGCCACGCUGUCAAACAAUUGUCUGUUACUAAAGAUGAUAGUUUCGAAGAAGAAGAAGAAUCUGAAGAGGAAGAAGAAGAAUCUGAGGAGAAAAAACAAAAAAGAUUGGAGAAAGACGUUCGAAAUAUGAGAAAUAAAAUCAGGCAUUUGAAAGAGAAACAAGACAACAUGAAACGGGAGCGAAUGGCCUAUAAGAUGUCCUUGAAAAACCAGCAAGCUGCCUUAAAGGACGAGAAAAGGAAAUACAAGGAACUCAAACGAGAAGUAGAUAAAAUGGCGGCUAUGAUGAAAGAGGUAGGCUCUGAGGAAGAUGAAGAAGAAGAAGACGAGGAAGAAGAGUCUGAAGAUGAAAAAAAGAGUGGAUCUGAGGAAGAAGAAACUGAGACAGAGACGGAACAAGAUACUGAAAGUGAAACUGAGAGUGAAAGUGAACCCGAGGAUGCUCCAUUACCAAAGAAGAAAGAAAAUCUUAAUAAACGACUAAAAAGACAUGAAACUAGAAUAAUUGCUUUGAAAAAGGGCAACACUUUACUGAUGGCAAAUGUAGAUAGGAUGAAAGACGAUGUUCUCAUGCAAAAGGAAAUGUCCCUAAGCUUAAAAAAGGAGUUAGAUUCACUUAUAGAAGAUCUCGAAUAG